AUGUGUAUACGACAGAAUAUGUAUAAAAAUAAAUAGUAUUUGUCAAAUUUAGACUGAAAUAUUUUGCUAUUAUACGUAAUAUAAUUUGCUAAGUUAUAAUAUAAAACAUAACGAAUAAUAAGAAUUAAAAUAUUAUGUCGGAUUUAAGCUCGCAAAAAUAGUCUUAUCGACAUAAUCCCCAUCUGCCGUGUAAAUUUAUGCCAUAAACAUUCUCGUAUAUACCGUUUGAGGUCGCAAACCACAAGUAUUUGAAUUUGAAUAAAUUUCAAACCGUUUCUUAGAGCGUGGAUAAAUGAUGAGUCAAUGUGAAGGUGUUCAUCAAUUUAUUUUAAAUGUAGUGUAAAAUAUGAAUUAUUAACGAAAAACAAAUAAAAAAGAAUAAAAAAACGAACGUGAAAAAUUAUACAAAGUUUAAAGAAAUAUAUAAAGAAAAAUUGAUAAAAUGUCAGAUAGCAUAAAAGUUGCUAUCAAGGUUAGGCCUUUAAUAAAAAGAGAGAAAGAUGAAAAUCUGCCGAAACAGUGGAUGGUACAUGGAAAUUACAUAGUGUCUACAGAUGCAGAGAUGAAAAAACGCGGGGAUGGUGGAUUUCAUUUUGAUCACAUUUUUGAUGAGGUAACUAAAAAUAAAGAUGUGUUCGAUACUGUGGUAAAACCUAUUGUCGAUGCUGCAGUAAAUGGUUUUAAUGGAACAAUAUUUGCUUAUGGCCAAACAAGCUCUGGAAAGACAUUUACUAUGAUGGGAGAUUUAAAUGAACCUGGAAUAAUAACACUAGCUAUUGAACACAUGUUUGAUGCCAUUGCUAAUACAUUGAGAAGAGAGUUUUUAUUAAGAGUGUCGUAUCUUGAAAUAUAUAAUGAAAAAGUUAAUGAUCUCUUAAAUAAAAGCGGAACGGACUUAAAAAUGCAUGAGGAUAAUGGCCAAAUAGUUUUGAAAUGUAAAGAAGAAGUGACAAAUAGUCCUGAACAUGUUUUAUCUAUAAUGAAAAAAGGUAACAAGAGUAGAAGAAUAGAAGAAACUGAUAUGAAUGAACGUAGUAGCAGAAGCCAUACUAUAUUUCGCAUUACUAUAGAAAGUCGUGAAACUGACGCUGGUUCAGAUGGGGCAAUUCAAGUUUCUCAAUUAAACUUAGUUGAUCUUGCUGGUUCUGAAAGAGCAGGUCAAACAGGUGCCACUGGAGAACGUUUUAAAGAGGGACGACAUAUCAAUAUGUCUCUUUCUACAUUGGGAUUAGUAAUAAAGCAAUUAAGUGAAUCACAAGAUAUACAAAAAUAUGUAAACUUUCGAGAUAGCAAAUUAACGAGGUUGUUACAAGCUUCUUUAGGUGGAAAUGCUAUGACAGCAAUAAUAUGUACUAUAACACCAGCUGCAUUAGAAGAAUCUCAGUGUACAUUGUCAUUUGCAUCACGUGCUAAGAGUGUAAAAAAUGAACCACAGAUCAAUGAAGUUAUGUCUGAUGCCGCUCUUUUGAAGCGUUACGCAAAACAAAUAGCUAAACUCAACACGGAACUAGACAAAAUAAAACAGGAAAAUCGAACAGCUGAAGAAAUGGAAAACAGAUUGCAUGAAAAAGAUCGUGUUAAUCAACUUUUAGAAGAAAGAAUAGAAUUGUUAAAGACCAAGAUUGUUUCUGGAAAUAAUAUAAAUAUUGAAGACUCAUUUGGAUAUAGAUCUAAAAGAAGACGAACUUGGGCAGGAGCUGUUACAUUCAAACAAAAUUUAUCAAUUUUUCAACCAAGCUAUGGUCUGCCCACAAUAAAAGAAAUGUCACCAGAAAAGUCUUGUAGGAAAAGUAUUAUUCAAUCUGUUGAUUUAAUGAAUCAAUCAUUUCAAACAGCUUUCACAGAUUUUGAAUUAGAAUUAAUUAAUGACGAAAAAGAUAGAGAAAAUGAAAAUUCUAUAGACAACGAUAGAGAUAUGUAUAUUACAAAAAAUAGACAUCAAAAUCAUGUUACAUUCGUGGAUGAUGUACUUAUUUAUACAUCUAAUUAUGAUAUUUAUGAGAGUACACCCGAGAAGAAAGGUACACCAUGUCAGACAAAUGAUAAUCAAUAUUCGUCUAAUACGCCGGAAAAAGUUUUACGAGAAAGAAUUAAAUAUUUAAAACAGGAAUUCGAUGAGCUUCGUGAGUUUACUACAUUGGAAAAGCAAAUGUACAUUGAGAAUCAUCAAUGUUACGUUACCGAUGAAGAACAGCAAUAUACUGUAAUGGGAGUAGAUAAGUCGCAAGAAAAAUUGAAAGGAAAAGAAGUGAAUACGGAACAGGAUUUAGACCUGCAACAACAAACAAUAAUGAAUGUUACAUCAGAAAAUAGUUUAUUAAAAAAUAUAAUAUUGGAAGUAUUAAAAUAUGCCAAUAAUACUGCCAAUAUAAAUGGACAAGUAGAUCUGUUGUUAAAUGAUACGUCAGAAACUGUAAAUGAAACAAUUUUAGAUUUGCCCUUUAAGGAAAUUGAAGUAAAAUAUAUAUUAUCGAAAUUGCAAAAUAAAAUUGUGGAAAGUAUAAAACAGCAUGAAAUGGAAAAUUUAGAAAAAAUCUUUGAAUUAGGCAAUCAGAUGUUACAUCUCAAAUCUGAGAAUAUAGAAUUGAAAGAAAAAUUAGUGAAUGCGGUAGGUUUAAUAACUGACACUAUAGAACCUGUAGAAGAAAGAAGGAAUUCCUUGCUAAUCGACAUGAAAGAAAACUUUGAAUUUGAAGAGAGUACAACAGUAAAAUCAAAAGAGAUAGAAAAUAUAUUAGAUCAGGGAAAGCAGUUAAUAGAAUUCUCACCUAUAAAACCUCGAAGAUCGUUAGAAGAAUUAAAGUUAAAUAAUAAAACAUGUGAAGUACUACCUUUCGUGAUUAAAGAAAAUUUAAUUGAUUGCAAUUUCGUAAAAGCAGAGGAUGCAGAAUUGUCUGUCCAUGUACAACGAAAAAAAUCAAUCUUAGAAGAAAGAGAAAAUAUAAUUGCCGAGAUGAAUGAAUAUAAGGAUCUUUCUGUUAAUGAAAAAAUUGAUAAUUUUGAUAUCGAAGAUGUUCUGACCAAAUUACAUAAGCAUUUGAAUAAUAUAGAACAGUGUGAAAUUUUGAAAUUUCAUCAAUUGAAUGAAAUAUUUACGUCACAGAAUCAAGAAUUGCAAUAUGUUUUAAGUGAAUUAAAUAAAAAAAAAAUAGAAACAGAUUACGAUCAUAUAACAAAUUUCAUUGAUGGAAGUAUUAAUUUAAAAAGCCUCCUAUUAGAUUUGGACGUAUUUAUUAAAUCUAUUACAGAAAAAAAUAAAAAGAUGAAGGUACAAUUGCAAAAGCAGUUGUACGUUUUGACCGAAAGUUUUAAUGACAAUAUUGAUAAUGAGGAACUUGCAGCGGAUCUCGAUUUAAAAACUCAAGAAUUACAUGAUAUCAAAGGUGAUGUGGUAGGACUUAAGUUGGAUAUGAAAAAGUUACAAAGAACUAUAUUUUUGUUGACUGCAGAAAAUGAAGAAUUAUCUGCUAAAUUGACCGCAGAAAGGGAAAGUAAAGCUGAUUGUUUGAAAACAACAAAUGAUUUACAUGAGCAAAUCUCUGAGAUGAAAAAUGAAAAAACGGCAUUGUUAAAUGAAAUUCAAAUUCUUGAUAAACAAAUUAAAUGUUUGAAAUCAGAAAAAAUAGAUAUGAAGGAGGGCCAAUUUUGUGUUAGUCAUCAGGAUGGAAUAAAUGAAUCGAUAUCGUCGAAUAUUGAAACAUCGUCGUGUGCGAACAUAGAGAAACAUAUAAAUGUAGACUCCAGGAAUAUUGAAGAAAUUGAUUUGCUCACAAACAUUAAUGAGUCCAUGAAAGAUAAAGAAAGAAGUACGGAAUAUGAUAAUGCUUUAUCUUUAGAUUGUUCAUUACCAGAAACUGAAUUAAAAACAUCUUCAAAAAAUAAUACCGAAAGGGAUGAAAAUAAUAUAGAAGAAUUACUAUUGGAUGGUAGCGUGUUAAAAUCUGAACUUAUUACAUUAAAAGAGAAAGUAACGUUAUUAACGGAGGAAAAUGCAAAGCUCCUUAAAAAAUCUUUGGAUAUUUCAGAAGGUGAUGAAGGAACGGAAGAUGACAAGUCGAAUAUUUUAUUUGAAAAAUGUAUAAAUUCGAAAGGGACAAUAGAUUAUCUUUUACAAUUAAACAAAAAGUUGGCAGAUAUGAAAAUAAUUUCUUGCACUAAGUGCGUUCAAAUGAAAGAAUUAAAUGAAAAUAAUAAAGAUGUAAAGUUAAAGACAAAAAUGUUAACCGAUAAAUUAGAGAAUUUGCAAGAGAAAUUCAAUCGCAAGUGCGCAGACAUAGAGGUACUCAAAAACAAAGCUAAUGAGGAAUCAUUUUUACAAAUCUCCGAAAUGUCUUUAGAUGGUUCUUCGUUAGAUGGGAUAAAUGUAACUUCUGUAGAGGAAGAAGUUUCUCUUUUAAAUAAAGAAAUACAAAUAUUACAGGAUGAUCAUGUUAAAUUAUCGUUUUUAUAUAAAGAGAAAUGUAACGAAAUUGAAAGGCUUCACAGUGCUAAUAUGAAUGAAACAAAUGUCGUAUCUCCAUUAAAAAAGGAUACAAAAAGGAACAGAUCUAAAGUUAAUAAAUUAAAGGAAGGUAUUGAUCAUGUGAAAGCCGACUUAGAAGAUCUGAAAAAUAAUGUUAUUUGCGAUCUUAAGAAGGCUUUAAAUGAAAUCAAAACGUUAAAAUCUGCCAACGAUGAAUUAUCCAAAAUGGUAUCGCAUAAUAAUCAAUUGUUGGAAACUACUGACGAGGGUAUGAAGAGAUUUGAAAAUGAAAUUAUGAAUUUAAAUGCUGAAAUUGAGAAUUACAAAAUGUUACAAGAACAAAUGGAAAAUGAAAAAUAUAAUUUGAAACAGGAAAUGGCAAAUAUAAAAGCAAAUAUAGAACAAAAAGAAGUUACUAUAAAUGAUCUGCAACAAAUAAUCAAUGAAUGUAGGAAGGAAAAUGACGAUUUAAAAGAGAAAAUAUUCUACUUGGAAAAUAUAGAAGAAGAAGAAGAAGAAGAAGAAAACAUUGACAUGACAAGAACUAUUUAUGAAAAUAAGCAUAACAGAGGAUGUAUAUUAAAUGAUGAGAAUCGAAAACUUAAAGAUGAUUUAAAUUCUGCAAGAACCUGUAUAAUUAAUGAAAUGAAAUCUCUUAAACCAACAGAAGAUGAUGAAACCAACGAGUUUCUCGAUAAAUCUAUAAACAGUCUUUUCUUUAUGUUCUUAGAAAGGAUUACUUUAAAGGAAAAGGAAAUAAUUGAUAUUAUACAAGAACAAUUCUUUUCUGAAAGAGAAAAACUUGAAAACGAAAGACAACUAAGUAUAAAUGCGGAGAGAUAUGUUAGAUUAUGUGCAGAAGAACUGAAAAUAGAAAUGGAAAAACUAAAAACUGAUAUAAGAAAACGAGAGGAAGAACAUCGUGAAUUAUUAAAUAAAAUUUCAUAUCUGGAACAGUUAUUAAGAGAAAGUAAUGAUGAAAGAGAAAUACUUAGGAAAAAAAUUCAGUCUUUCGAAAUGGAUUAUGAUAAUGCAGAGAUAUAUUUUAAUAAUGAUUCUGAAAUAAAAUCGCAACAAGAUGAAAAUAUUAUAAAUAAAAAAGAAGAAGUAUUAAUAGAAGAAGGUAUGAAAAAUAAAGAGAUUGAAUUGAAAAUAGAAAUGAAAAAACGGACUAGGGAAGAAUAUGAAGAAAAAUUAGACAGUUUAGGUAAUAAUUUAGAAACAUAUAAAAUAAAAAAUAUAGAGCUCAUGGAACAGUUAAAAAAUCUUGAAACGAAUGAAAGAGACUUACAAGAUAUGCUCGCUAUAAGAACAGAUGAAUUAGCUAAAAGUAAUGAAAGUUUAGAGAAAAUAAAAUCUGAUAUUGAAUCCUUUACAAAUGCCAAUAAUGAAUUAAAUCGUGAGAUGGAAAAAAGAAGUGCAUCUAUUACUAAACUUAAUGCCGAAAUAAGAGAUCUAGUUGAAUUGGUAGAAUCAAAUAAAAUAGAAAAUGUUGCAUUAAUAAAAAAAUUAGAAGAAUUUGAAAUAAAUGAAAAAAAUCUAAAUGUUAUGCUUAAUAAGAAAAUGGAUGAAUUGGUAGAGAAGAAUAAAAAUGUAGAAAAAAUGAAAAUUGAAAUAGAACACCUCACAACGAUUUGUAAUGGAUUGAAAAACGAAAUUGAACAUAAAAAUGCGCGCAUUGCAGAAGUUACUACUCUUUUAGAAAACAAAACUGACAUAUUAUCUGAAUAUAAAACAAAACUGGAAAGCAUUACACCGGAGUAUGAACUUUUACAAAAACAACUUAAUGAAAAAAUAUUAACCAUAAAUAAGCAUAUGUCAGAAUUGGAAAGUUUGAAAGUAGACAAUGAAAUGCAUCUGACAAAUAUGAAGGAGACGUUAAAUUUAGAAAACGUUAAAUACGCAGAAUUGAAUAAACAAUUGGCAAAUGUAAAUAACGAAAACAUUAUUUUACUUACAGAAUUAGAUACAUUAAAAGAACAUUAUAGUCAGUUAGAGGAAAAAAAUGUGAAAUUGGAACAAAAACUUAGAAACAGUAACAGUAAAAUCAAAUUGGAAACUAACAUGCAAGAUUUACUGGAACAGAAUAAAGUAUUGCAGAGUAAUUUAGAUGGUGCUUAUAAUUGUAUAACAGAAUUAAAGGAUAAGAAAAAUCAUUUAUUAGAGGAAUUGUUAAGUGCAAAGGAACGACAUGAAUCUUUACUCGAAGAGAAUACAAAAAUGAAAGAAUUAUUAUCAAAUAAAAUGAAAGAAAACGUUUCUAAUGUACAUACAACACUACAGGAACAGUAUGAUAUCCUUUUAAAUGAAAAAAGUAAAAUUACACUUGAAUUGGAGGAAAGUAAAAUAUUAUUAUGUCAAAAGGAAAAAGACUUGAAAUAUUAUAUAAAUCAAUUUGAAGAAUUGAAAAGAAAAAAUCAAGAAUUAGACGAGGAAGCAGAAGAAUUGAUACGAGAGAACGAAAAAUUGACAGAAAAGAUAUAUUCAUAUUUUGAUGAUGAUAAUUCUGGUGAUAAGUUGAAGGUUGAAAUAAGUAUUUUAAAGGAAGAAAACAAAAGGUUACAAGAUGAACUUACGAAGUUUGAUGAUGUAAAAAGAUCACAUAUAAAAUUGCAAACUAAAAUAACUGACACAUCAAAGAUAUCUAAUUUCAAUGGUGAAGUUAAUGGACAAGAAUGUAUUACACAUGGAAUGCUUCAACAAAAAGACCAAUUAAAAUCUAUUGUUGAAUGUAAUAUAAAUGAAGAGAUCAAUAAUGAUAAACUUGCGAAUUUAAAGAAACAAAUACAAGAGCUAGAACACGAAUUGGUAUCCAAAAAUGGAAGGAUCGCAUCGUUACAAUUACAAAUACAAAGAGAAAGUUUUCCAUAUCAGAAAAAAUGUAAAGAUUUGGAAGAAAAUGUCUUGGCUUUUAAAAAUAAGAAUAUUCAUCUUGAAGGCGAAAUAAAGAAACUUAGACAUGUUAUGAGUGACAUUAAUAUGAAAGAAUGUUACAUGUGUAAAAAUCGAUAUAUCAAUACAAAAAAUCAAUAUGUUCAAACUAUACCAACUAAUAAGAUACAGUUUUGUGGAACUAGUAGUGGAAUCGUUGAUGAACACAUACAAAUACAGAAAUUAGAAAAGGAAAAAUCUUUCAUGAAACAAUUGUGUCGGUCUCGGUGUCGACGAAUAAAAGAGCUUGAAAAGAAAAUAAUGGAAUUUGAAAAUGCUGAAAGUUUAUCAAAAGAAACAAACAUUGCUCCAAACGAUAUAUCCUGUAACACACCGAGAUUUUAAUUAAAUUUAACAAACAAAAAUUUUCUAAAGUGUCAUCUUCUUACGAUGUAAAAUUAUAUCUGCAUCUUGAGGAAACAUUAUAUUUUAAAUACUAUAUGGAUAAUUAACGUUAUUACUAUUGCAAAGCAUUAUGUACAUAUGAAAGUAUUAUUGAAAAUGACUAUUUUUAUAUAUUGUUUACAUAUUAUAAGUACAUAAGGUAAUGAUUUCAAUAAUUACAGAUUCCAAUAGUAUUAUUACUAGAUUAUGGAUUAUUUUUAAGGGUUUGUAUCUUUAGAUAUUUUUGUAAUAAUAA